AUGACUGCUGCAGAGGCUAGAAGUGCAGCUUUACAACUCUCGAAUGAAAGGAGAGCAAUCGAUGAAGAAUUGUCAAGCCUUACUAACGUUUUACGAUCACAAAAUGCUACGAUGAAUUCAGCUUUGAUUGAUAAUCAAGGUUUUCCAAUUGCUUCGAUUGAUAUCGUUGCUGUUCGAACGGCAAGGGCAAGAAUAAUAGCUCUACGUAAUGAUCGAGAAAGUAUUGAAAACAGAAUGCGAAAUUUGCUGGACUUGGCUCUUUCUCGAACAGACUCCGCAGUAUGGUCAGAAGUUGGCGGCUUAACCCCUUUUGCAAAAGUCAAUGCAAUCAGUCCAAACAGUCCGGCACAACGAGCAGAUAUGCGUGUAGGAGAUGAAAUCUUACGGUUUGCAAGCCUAACCGCUGCUAAUGCACAUCGUUCUACGACAAAUAAAGACUUGGGAAAUCUGCCAAGUGUAGUUCAAAGAGGGACAGAGAUCGCAGUGAUGGUUUUACGGGGCGGGGACGAUGGGAAUGAUCGAGAAAUCAAAAGAUUACGUCUAACUCCUAAUGACGGAUGGGGUGGUAGAGGUUUGCUAGGCUGUCAUCUAUUACCAAUCUAAGACUCCAAAGUGUAUUUGUAGAAAUCUUCACGCCAUGCUAAUGUGUAUCAAUAAUAUUGCAAAG